AUGACGCUCGACUGCUUUAAGUCCUAUUCUAUGUGUGCUUAUAGUCUUCAGUAUUCCAUUAAUGGCACUGUGAUUCAAUCUUCUCGAUGGCGAAGACUAUCUUUCGAGUCAACAGAAGAUUUACCUGAAUUAGUCGAUUUUCGAAAUAAAGAUUUGGUUGUUAAAACGGAAAUUUUACCGUUUUCAGAUAACAAGGAAUCUGCAGUAACAUUUUAUCCCUUCUCUGGGAAAGAAAAUUCAGAAGAACAAUUUGAAGUAAAACGCAAUGUUGCAGCUUUAGCCCGUCUUGGAAGACUUAAUCCUUUGCGAUAUGGAAACACUAAUUUGAAACAACAAAAUGAAGAGAAAAAAAAUAUUCAGUCAUUGGCUCGUCUUGGAAAACUCAAUGCAUUUCGUACUGGAGACACCAAUCUGAAAGAGCAAAAUGAACAGAAAAAAAAUAUUCAGUCCUUGGCUCGCCUAGGAAGACUUAAUGCUUUUCGUUCAGUAGAUAGCAAUCUGAAAGAUCAAAACGAAGAGAAAAGAAACAUUGCAGCUUUAGCUCGUCUUGGAAGACUUAAUUCGUUUCGUUCUGGAGAUGGCAGUUUUAAAGAUCAAAAUGAUGAGAAAAGAAAUAUUCAGUCAUUGGCUCGCCUUGGAAGACUUAAUGCUUUUCGUUCUGGAGAUGCCAGUCUGAAAGAGCAAAAUGAAGAGAAAAAAAAUAUUCAGUCUUUAGCUCGUCUUGGAAAACUUAACGCUUUUCGUACUGGAGAUGCCAGUGUGAAAGAGCAAAAUGAAGAGAAACGAAAUAUUGCAGCUUUAGCUCGCCUCGGAAAACUUAAUGCUCUGCGCUCUGGCAGUACUAGCUUGAAGGAAGAAAAUGACGCGAAAAGAAAUAUUGCAGCUUUAGCUCGUCUCGGGAGGCUUAAUAGUUUGCGAUCUGGAAACACAGGUUUCAAAGAACAAAAUGAUGAGAAAAGAAACAUUGCAGCUUUAGCUCGCCUCGGUAGACUUAAUGCUGUACACUUAAGAAGUUCUGAUUUGAAAUCGGAAAAUGAAGAGAAAAAAAAUAUUCAAUCUCUAGCUCGUCUCGGUAGACUUAAUGCUCUGCGUUCUGGAAAUACCAAUUUGAAGGAACAAAGUGAAGAAAAGAGAAAUGUCGCCGCUUUAGCUCGACUUGGUAGACUUAAUGCUUUGCGUUAUGGGAGUCAUCAGUCACAUGAGGUUGGCAGGAGAAGAAUGAAUAGUGACGAAACUAGCAGCAUGCAAGUCAUAGAUUGCAAAAGUACUCCAAACCUGGUGCAGCAAAAGCGUUACGUAGCAGCACUAGCAAGGUCUGGCCGCCUUCCAGCAUGGCAUUCCCAGAGAAUGUGGUGGGGAGACAAACGAGAUGAUUCCCACCAGAUGUCACAGAACUUUACAAAUGGAGAUAACUCAGAAAAUGACGUAGAAGAGUUUGCACUGAAAACGAAAAAAUGUUAAAGAAGCGAAGAAUAAAAUAUUAUCUGUAGAAAUUGAAAACUUUGAGCUAAGGCAAAAAAUAUAUAACUCAAGUGUAAAGAAAUCUCCUACCUUUUCAAUAAAUGUUAAAUAAUCGUUAAACAUUCAUGUAUUCAUUGCAAGAAAACGAAUUACCUAAUGUGUUUAAUAUGAUUUCAAUCAAGUAAGUGACAUAAGUUACAAAACUGAUAAAUAGUCAGAAGCAGAAUCGUACUAAUGUAAUAAUGAAUUAUGCUGCAUAUCCUCUAAGUAGUGCAAAGUUCCUUGAGUUUGAUCUUAAGUUCUGUAAAUCAGAGAGAUAGUAUAUCAAUCGAUAUGUGUUAAUAUUGGUGAAAAAGAGGAGUUUUAUUGCUUUUACAAUAAUUAGCUAUUGAAUAUGACUGUUAUUUUACCCAUUACGUGGAUGAUGCAAGUUGAUCGUUGUAUUUUAGUGAUAAAUGAUAAAAUGGCUUACUUCUUUUAGAUUUAUUUGUUUCAACUCUUCAAAAGUAUUGUUUCUGCUUAUUAAAUAGACUGUUCUUGAUU